AUGAGAUCAAAUAAUCGUAAAUAUAAUAGGAAAAAUUUACAUAAUACCACACCAAAUAGAAAUCAUACUUAUUCAUCACCAAAUGUUACUCCAAUAAAAAAGAAACAUUAUAGAAAAUAUUAUCAUCAACAACCAUCUAAAAAAUAUGUUUAUGUUGAGGAACCAGAUAGUGAAGCAGAAUCAAGUGAAGAUAUUGUUUUAGAUGAAGAAGAAGAUAACUCUUCUAGUUCUAGUUCAAGUUCUAGUUCAAGUUCUAGUUCAAGUUCUAGUUCAAGUUCUAGUUCGAGUGAAAGUUCAAGUGAAAGUUCAAGUGAAAGCUCAAGUGAUAGUGAUGAUGAUAUUGAAAUUGAUUUUAAUGAUAUCCCAGAAGAAAUUUUAUAUGCAUUAGCAGGUCAAGAUGUUGAUAAUACCUCAUCAUCAAGUAGCUCAAGUGAUAGUGAUAGUGAUGAUGACAAUUCUUCAAGCUCAAGCUCAAGUUCAAGCUCAAGCUCAUCUAGCGAUAGCGAUAGUGACAGUGAUUCAAGCUCAAGUUCAAGCUCUUCCUCUAGUGAUAGUGAUAGCUCAAGUUCAUCAAAUGAAAGUUCUAGUGACGAAGAAGAUGAAGAAGUUUAUGAGUUUGCCCUCGAACCAAGAGGAGAAGAAGUUGAAGAAGACGAAGAAGAAAAUGCACAAAUUGUUUAUGUCGACUCAGAUGAUAACGAAUAUUACAUUGAUUUAGAUGACAAUUUAGUUGAUGCUGAAGAAUUAGGUGUUCCAUCUGUUCAUGAUUUAAAUGAUGAAAUUGUUGCUUAUUAUGAUGAAGAUACUAGUUCCUCGGAUGAAGAAAAUUUAGAAGGAUAUGUUCGUUUAGUUGAAGCUGAUGAUUCAGACGAUAGUGAUGAAGAUUUAGAAGAUCAAUUAAUGAUUGAAAAUGCUCAAGCUGACGAAGAUAGUGAUGAAGAUGAAGAUGUAGAUUUAGGUUCAGAACCAGAAUAUUUCGAAGUUGAGAGCGAAUAUGAAAAUUCAUCAGAUGAUGACGAUGGUGUUGUUAUUUACGAAAAAGAUGGUUUAUGUGAUGACUGUGAAUGUGAAUGUCAAAAUGAAGAAGAAGAAGAGUCAGAAGAUGACUUAUGUGAAGAUUGCAAAAAGGAGGAGGAAGAAGAGGAAGAUGAAGAUGACGAGGAUGACGAUUUAAUAAUUGUUAAAGAUAAUGAAAAUGAAUUUUCAGUAAUUGAUUUAACUGAUGAUUUAGCAAAUAGUCAAGAUUAUAAAAUUGAAGAACUUGAUGAUAAUACAUAUAAAUUAAAUGUCAGAUUCCCAUCAUUAGUCAAAGAUGAAUUAAAAAUCGAAUUUUUGAAAAAUGAAAAUGAAUUAGUUAUUAAAGGUAAAUUAAAUUUCAAUGGUAUUGAUGUUGAAGAAGAUGAGGAUGAAGAAGAUGAAGACGACCAAGCUAUUGAAUUGACACCAGCUGAAUUCAUUGAAUACUCAUUAAGAGAAGACGAUGACGAAGACGAAGAAGAAGAUGAAGAUUUUGAAGACGAAGAAAUUGAAGAUUUCUCGGAGGAAGAAGAUUCAGGUGAUGAAGAUCCAGCUGUUUUAGAAUGUAGAGAGAAAUCAAAAAUUGCAAAUGCUAAAAGAGAUAUAAUUUUAAGACAAAUUGAAGAAUUAGAAAAAGCUCAAAAUUACGAUGAAGAUGAAGAUGAAGAUUACGAGUUUGAUAGUGAUGCUGAUGAAACAGCAGAAUUUGAGUGGUCUGGAUUUAACGAAGAUGUAGAUGACGAAGAUGACGAAGAUGAAGAUGAAGAAGUUGAACAAGCAGCAAUUUUUGAAGCUAUUGAUUCAUCAGAUGAAGAUGAAGAAGUACAGGAAGAUGCACAAGAAUUAAUAGAUGAAUUUAAAAAUCAAGAAGUACAUUUUGAAAAACAUUUCCAAUUUGAAAAAUUAAUUAAUUUUGAUCAAAUAACAGCAAGAUUUAUAAGUGAUGAUGAAUUGGAAUUAAUUGUACCAAAUGAAGAUAUUUCUGCAGAAGAAAAUAAUUCAGUUAUCAUAAAUGUCGAUCCUUAUGAAGAAGAUGAAGAUAAAGAAAGUAGUACUACUGAAGAAAUCGAUAAUGCUCCAAUAUUAAUUAGUUUAGAAGAUUUAGUUGAACAAGUAUAG